UCUCGUUCCGUCCCGGUGCCCCUCAGAAUCUUUCCCCCUUUGACCGCGCUUUCCCUCGCUAUCUUUCCCCACCCCAAAUUCUUUUCCUCGUCUCCUCUCCAACCUUUUUUGUCCCUUAUCAGGAAGUUCAAUCUAUUCCGAACGUGGUUUGUAACCCAGUGAGCGAGGAGGUCACCUUUCGGGCGAGCAAACUGGAGGAUGGUGGCAUUCUGUGUGUGCAGAAGAGGCUUUCCAAGCAGGAUACGUAUGAUGAUGUGGUGCGUGAGCUGGCAGAGAAGCUUAAGCUACACGACCCUUCAACAAUCCGCCUCACGGCGCACAACUGCUACUUGCAGCAGCCGAAGCAGUCGCCCGUCAAGUUCCGCGGUGUUGAUAGCCUUGAGGACUUGCUCACCCACCACGACCAGACAACGGAUAUUGUCUACUUUGAAACGCUGGAAAUUCCGCUGCCCAAGCUAGAGCGUCUCAAGUCUCUCGGCAUUGUGCUUCCUGCU